GGGAGAGGAUGUUCAUCGGUGCCCCUGGAGCGUUCUACUGGCAGGGCCAAGUGUGGAUGGCGCGCCUGAAAGGCCAAGUCCACGCCCAGGGCCUGGUCGCCAGGAACGAGUACGCCAUGACCUGGGAGGGACCCGCUACUGACGACGACCAGUACCUCGGGUACUCGGUGGCCGUCGGCGACUUCUCAGGAGAUGGCAAACAGGACGUGGCGCUCGGGGUCCCGAAAGGGUUGAACUAUACCGGAAAGUCCUCUCAGGGCCAGCGGGAGCGGAAGGAGCAGGUGUGGGAUGAGCUGCCCUCACGGAGGUUCCUCGGCCGGAGAGCCGAAGACGAGGACUCCGAACAGGAAGAGCGAGGCGAGAGACUCCUCAGUCUCACCUGGCCGGAGUGGUUUGAACAGACAGGUUUCCUCUUCCUGAAGAACGAGCAAGUAGGGUACAAUUUCGCCAGCGUGUCAGGGGUGUCCUCGAUGUAUGGCUCCUACGCCAUGGUGGUGGGCGAGUUUAACGGUGCUCCUGGCGAGGAUCUGGCCGUGGGCAUUCCCCGGGGACCCAACUUGAAGGGCGUCCUCACGGGCAAGGUAUAGUUUCCUGCUGUGUGUAUGUGAAUGCAUCAGUGACGCGCCUCUGUGUUGUAUACUCUACUCUCUGUGUAGCGCCUCAACCACUGCCCGAUCUAUCUCAUCGCCUGCGUCGCCUUCUACGGUAAGAUCUUCUGGCGCAGUAGGCGAGGGGGAGGAAGACUUCAGCUACUGUUUUUUUCACGGGCGCUUCACGUAGAACAUUGAACUCUUGGAUGUGUAGUACAGUGAGCACUGUACUCACUCUCUUCUGUACAUCUAUGUUGUAGCAUUUAUUUUAUUAUCGAUGUUCUGUUGCUUCAUUGUCUUACAGUAAUUUAUGUAUCUGUGCUUUUGAUGUUGCUUAUGUGCAUCGAUGUUUAGUACGUGUUUUAGUUUUGUUUUCAUAUUUCUUUCGUAUUAUACUAUUCUUGUGUUUUGUCUGUUAGUGUGUCCAGACGACAGAUGCUGGUAGUCAGUAGUGUCGCAGGUGUUGCUUGGCUACCUGUGGCUGCCUUGGAUGUCCUGUGUUAUACACUUGUGGCUGCCUUGGAUGUCCUGUGUUAUACACUUGUGGCUGCCUUGGAUGUCCUGUGUUAUACACUUGUGGCUGCCUUGGAUGUCCUGUGUUAUACACUUGUGGCUGCCUUGGAUGUCCUGUGUUAUACACUUGUGGCUGCCUUGGAUGUCCUGUGUUA